UACGCGCCUGAACGCCACGCGACGCGCGCCGGUUUCUCAACAUUAUUACUGUCGGGCGCGCGGCGACGGCCACAUUAUCGUACAGCCAUCAUAUAUAAGCUGGUAUCGUACACGGCCGUGGCGUUUUCGCACUGUUGAGUAGAUUUACUCACUGCUCCUUCGGUGCCCGUCACACACCGCCGAUGUCGUUCAAAAUAACAUUUUCAAAAACGACAUUAUGAAAUUAUAUUUUAAUUAAAUCUAUUAAAAAUUUGUUAAAAUAUAAAAAAAAAAAAUUAACAUUAAUUUUUAUAUUUGUUUAUGAGUGUGUUUGUACCAAUAUUCGCGCUUUUCAGUCGUCGUCCUUUAGCAGAUCAAUCGAUUUAAGAGCGAAUUGAUUUUUGCUUCCACCGUGAGAGAUGAACAGAAACGUUCGAAAAGAUUCGGACUCCAAAGGGUUGGUGAAAAACGAAACGCCGGAUGAAGAGAUAAAAGAAUACGUGAAAACCACAAUGAACGAGAUGCUCGGAUGGUACGGAUAUGAAAAAAUUAAUUCCAAAGACUGUUCACUGCAAAGUAUGAAUUUAGUUAAGCUCAGAGAAAAAUAUCGAGGCCGCUCAAAAAGCACAGAACCAGAAACUUCGUCGGACGAAUACAAUAGUCCGCAAUCGCCAACAACGUCGAAUUCACCAGUACAGCAAAUGACAUGCGGAUGGUGUGACAAAACGUUAAUAGCCAAAGCGUUUACAUUCCGCACAGCAGAAUCGGAUAAUGAAAAAGUGUUUUGUUCCGAACAAUGUUUCUCACAUUACCGAAGAGCAAAUUUCAAACGAAAUAAGACGUGCGACUGGUGUAGACAUCUGAGACACACAGUUAACUGUGUAGAUUUCCAAGACGGCGAUCAUCAGCUACAAUUCUGCAGUGAUAAAUGUCUGAACCAGUAUAAGAUGAACAUCUUCUGCAAAGAAACUCAAGCCCAGCUAGAGUUACACCCUCACCUACAAAACACGUCGCUGCCAGAAAACCUUUGUAAAACCCUGGAGCCAAACUUGCCACUCAUUACACCCGACCUAUGGCUACGCGAUUGUCAUUCACCACCACUUCCAGACCGGUCACCAUCUCCUCAAAGGCCUCAUUCCCCUCCACUGCCUGGACCGGCAGUUCCUCAGCUACGCAUAUCCAAUAAAUUAUUUGACCGUCCAACUCGAAAACGCAAGAGAACCACAGUUGAAGAUGCUGUACCACCUGUAUAUCCAAAAUUUCCACCACAUGCGCCAGUUUAUUGUACACCACCGUUAUGUAGGUCACCAGCAUUCACGCAGUCACAGUCAACAAGUAGCAACACACCAACAAAUGCUGAACCAACACCUUCGCCACUUUAUCCAUUGAACUUACCAUCAUCCUUACUACCACCACCUAUGAUAUUAGUACCGUAUCCUAUUAUGUUACCAAUACCAAUACCUAUUCCUAUACCUAUACCGUUACCAUUUUUACAAAAAGAAUGUGAAAAAAGCAGUAAUAUGGAAAAAAAUGAAAAAAAAUAAUCAUUAUGUACAAUCAUAAUAAAAAAAUUAUUUAAAUAAUAUUAUAAAUAUUAUUAUAAUUAUCAA